AAUGAAGAGUUUUUUUUGUAUGGCGAUUUGAAGCAAUUAAUGUGGAAAAUUGAUUUUUCAACAACUUCGAAAAAUGAGUAAUUGUGACGGUCCGAUAUUAUAUGUAAUUGUUGUCGGUUUUCAUCACAAAAAAGGUUGCCAAGUGGAAUACUCCUUUCCUGCUCUGGUGCCAGAUGCGCCCAACGAAUGCCCGCAGGGAUGGAAGUACUUGCCGACACUCGCACUACCCGAUGGUUCACAUAAUUAUGAUGAGGAUACGGUUUACUUUCAUCUACCUAGCUUAACCGAUCCCAAGAAAACUGUGUACGGUAUCUCUUGCUAUAGACAAAUACCGGUUGAUAAAAUUAAAAAUCGAACCGCCGACAUAACAAGGGGAACUGUGCAAAAGUCGGUAUGCGUACUUAGCAAAUUACCUUUAUAUGGUCACAUACAAGUGAAAAUGGCACUUAUCACACAUGCCUACUUUGAUGAAGGCGAUUUUAGUAAAGUCUCUCUUUUGGAGGAUACCUACCAUCAUCUGAAUUCUGUUCUUUUACAAAAUGAACUGUUAGCUCAGACAUUUGUAGGGUUGUCUGCACGAGAUUUGAUACUCCAGUGGAGGCACAAAGCGCUGCUUUUAUUUAAACUGCUUCUGCUCGAGAGAAGAGUAAUUUUUUACCGUUCACCCGUUCAGCCACUUUGCUCCACAAUUCUUACGCUGCUCUCUCUCCACCCCCUUAUGAUCGAAAAGGGUCUGGAGCAAUCUGCGUCUGUUAAAUUAUCGCGCCCGAUGUCGCCGAUGCCCGAUUUUUCAGAUGACGAUAGUCCAGUGUCGACGCCCACUCACAAACCGAACAAUCACGUCGCUAUGGAUAAUUCAAUUCAUCGACAGGAGGACGAUAUUGAGGAGAAUAAAAAUGUUGACGAAACAAAUGCAAAUUUGAUAUCGGAGGUUCAUACUGAAAUUGGCGUUGAGGUUACUGAAACCGCCAGUCCGAAUAAAACUAAUGAAUCCGAUAAAAAUCUAUGUAGAGAUGUAAGUAACGAGGCUAUUGGAGAGAAUGUACAGAAUAGUCUAAAUCUUUUGGCUCAAAUCGAUCUCGAACAUUGUGGUGUUCCAUUGCCUAUUUUUACCAAGGGUUGUCUAUGUCUUCCAUAUUUAUCGCUACCAUACUUGGAUUUACUAAACGAUAUGAAAGUUCGGGGAUACGUAGUUGGCGCGACUAAUAUAUUAUUUAAACAAAAAAGGCAGCUUAGUGAUGUUCUAGUGGAUAUUGAAAAUAUGAAAAUUGAAUGUCAGGAUAUUGACUUGAGGAAGCAGUUACAUUUAACCACCGAAGAUUUGAGGUUUGCCGAUUAUAUAGUGAAACACGUUUCUGAGGACAAACAUGAUGUUUUCUUGGAUGGAGUUGGAUGGGAAGGUGGCGAUGAAUGGAUAAGAGCUCAAUUUAAAAUUUACCUUUUAUACCUUUUAAAAACUUCAUCUUUGCCAGAUGGAAGUAGAGAAAUGGAACAUUUUAAUAUUACUUACAUGACAGCUCUAAAGGAUACACAUUGUUUUAAAAUAUGGAGAAGUAGGGAUCAUUCCGGGUUGGACAGUAUCAGUGCAGGUCAUCCGUUUGCUGGCCAAUUAUCUGUAUCCGACAUGAAGUUACGUUUAGCGCACACAAUGCAAAAUAGUGAAGGAGGUAGGAAAUUCAACCAAGCGAUGGCAUCGACAGGAAGAGCUGUUGCAACCACAAGUAAAGCCGUUGGCGGCGCUUUAUCUCAAGCAAAAGGAGCGUUCUCAAACUGGUGGAGUAAUCUAUUGGUUAGUCCCGAUGUUCAAAAAGGUCUCGAAGCUACAAAUGAAAAUAUAAAUGAAGAGGAACAUUGUUCAAAUCAUAUAGAAGAGUCCGUGGAUAGUCUUGAUGUGCAUUUAGCGAAUGGGUGUGUUAUUCAGGAGGGUUACGAGGAAAAUAUAAACUCUAGUACUAGCGAUAGUAAUAAUUUUGUUAAUAAAAGUUCCAUUUCUAAUAGGCAAGAGACAAAUAUAGAAGAAGAAACCAUUAUAACUGGCAGGAUACAUACUGUUUAGGAUGCUUCAUUUCGUGUGAUUAUGUGAUAUUUAAAUACUAGCUUCAAUAAUGUAUGGGUUAUAUUUAAGUACUACUGUUGAGUCCUUUCAGCUAUUUUCCUCGUCGGUUAAAGUUUGUAGCUAAGCGUACUUUUUUAAUUACUACUUAUUGUCUACUAGCGCAACAAUCUAAUUGUUAAAGAUUAUGACAAUUCAGAACUGAUUUUGUUUAAACUAUAACAAAUUUUUUUAUUUAUUAAUGGUACAUUUUUCUAUUGUUAUAGAU